CUCAGCUGGACACGCACACACUCUUGCUCACAGACAGGCAGGCAGGCAGGCAGGCACCAUGACCCCUACUUGGGACACCCACAGCACUGCGACCUAUGGCAACAAAUGCUUCCCUCUGAACUGAACUGUAAGUUUACUUUGGGACACUGAAAGCAGCUGGACUACGCAGAAGCCUCUACGAAACAACACAGGGGCACAAGGAACUACUGAGGAGGGAUUUUCUGCUGUAUCUUCUGUGGAGGAGACAAUAGUUUUUUUGCUCACUGUUACUGCAGUUGCUGAACCGGUGGAAUUAACCAUCUAUGAGUUUGAAGAGGAAAAAGGCCAGCAUGGUGUUCAGCUGGCAGAAGUCUUUCUCCAUCCUCACCCCUUGGAGGAAAGGGAAAGGGGACAUGGUGCUGGAGAAUGAAGUUGUCCUCACCAAGAUGAAGCUCUUCAACAACUCCCAUGAAAAACCCCUUAAUGGUGACGAUUCUGCAUCCACUAUAUCCAUGUCAGUAUCUGAGCAGGACAUCUCGGAACACGUCAAAACCAUGGAGGGGAAUUCGGAACUCGAUAACAUACCUGGACCGCCUCUUAUGGAAUCAAGCUCAGACUACCUGUCUGUUAUUUUUUCUGACACUAAGCUCCCAAGGCUGUACAAAUUUGAGUCUGAGGACUCUGGAGUAGAACUGCCCAGUGGGGCUAACUCUCCGUCCACGCCCACUGGCUCGGAGCAGAGCUUUGUGGUGCAUAGCCGGGAGCCCUCCUGUGACUCCUGUAACCUGAACACUCCCGUCCUGACCUCUGACCCACUCUUUUCACUCGACCAGCGUUCCGAAACCAGCGAGACAGAGAACUCGAAUGAUAACUCGAAUGAUAACUCGAAUGAUAACUCAUUGUGUACGACUGUGGACACUCGGGAGUACACUGGUGUAAACCCAGAGACUGAACUUGGCUCUGAAAUUGAGAGGCCAGAGCUACACGUCACUAAGGAGGCCACAGAUGUGGAAAGGACCCAGUGUGAAGCCUUGGGGGACACCUUUGAGAAAAACGAGGUGACCUCUGAACAGCUUGUGGAGAAUGAGGCUCUUACAGAGGAGUUCAACUCAGAAAAUUCGAGGCCAAAGAGCCCAUGCUUUGCUGGGGCCUGUGACAACAUGACUGGAGUUGAGACUGAACAGCAUCCUCUAAGGAAAAGCUCUACAAUUGACAGCCUGGAGGAGUAUAUGGAAGAAUGCUGCAGACUCAGUGAGGUCCAGCAGGCCAACUCCAACCCCCUGGGCUCCGGUCUGGGCUACCUGGAACACAUCUGCCAGCUCAUUGAGAAGAUCGGCCUGCUCCAGGAGACCAACCUGGGGCUCCAGAAACAGAUCUGCAGCCUGCAGAAGGACAACAGGAUGACCAAGACCAAAGAUGACUUCUUCCAGCAGCACUGUAGCUGUGGGGCUGCCAGUCUGGCUUUCCAGGACCUGAAGAAACUCUCCAGAGGGGAGUUCCUCAACUCCUCCAACAGUACCUUGUCUGACCUGUCCACUAUCCCAGAGGUCACGCGCCACCCGGCCCUCACACUACGGAGAGAUGUUGGCAGCGAGGCUGGAUGCCAAUCUCUGGGGUCUGUGGCCCUGUGGAGGCGAGGUCUGAACCGGAGGAGCUACACGGAGGGGGAAGCGCGGUAUCUUUGCGACAGCUCCGAGCGCCUCUCUGCCCCCCACAGACGGCUGAGUGAGAAUUACACAUGGGGGCGAGUGAAGGACCUGGUAAAGAAGAGCAAGCUACGAAACCAGAGCAGACUGAGUCUGACCUCUACGUCCCUGAAGAUGUCCUGUCCACAACUCUACCGGCCUGACCUGGGACCAGUGGACUUGCCUGGCAGAAACCGAAACUCAAUGAUUGCCCUGGGACAUCAAAACAAAAUGGACAUCCCUUGGCUACAGUAGAAAAGCAGAUAAAGAACAGAUGGCCUGAAGUGGGAAGAUAUUCUUAAGGAGGAGGAGGACACAGUGAAGUUGCACAGAUUUUUGACUGGAAAGGAGGAGUACGAAAGGAGGGAUGACAUUAGGGUAAAUAGUAGUGAUGGAUGACAAAAAGUAUGAAGAGAGUAUAUUAAAAAAGGAUGGAGAUGUAUCUCUGUUAAGAUAGUUUUGGAACACAUUCAAGAUAUGAGGUUUGUUUACUCCAUAAUGUUUUGCGUCAUACUUUGAUGUGUUUUGAUGAUGCAUUAUCUAAACAAAACUAUUAUACAGUAUGUACAUUUUACAGGCAUAUAUUACAACCCCUAAAUACAGUAUGCAACGAUAAAGCAAAUAAUGACAAUAUCUUGAGGGACAGUAACCACCAGAUACUGUAGGUAACGUUGACUUUGACACAAAGUGUAAUGGUUGUAACUAUAGAGUCGAGAACAUUACACCAUGUAAGCCUGUAUAUUACAAUACUUUUUGGUUUCUGACACAAAUGUUAAUUAAUCAGAGAAGAGCUGGUCUGCUGCAUGUAUCAUUUAUAUGAUGUGAUCCUUUCACAUGAUUUCAAAUCAUUUGAGGUCAAAAUGUGAGCGUAUUCCCACAUUCAAGAACCAUGCAUCUUAUAACAUGUUAAUGUGAAUUGUUUUUCAUGUGAACAAUAAAUAUGUGUGUAUUAUA